AGAGAACCUGCCAGAAAGCCUGGGGUGCUGGCGGUGGGAGGGAGAUGGCUGUGUCAGCCGGCCAGGGCAGGAAGGCGAGGGCCGGACAGACACCCCAUUAUUACGAGGGAUUCUUGGAGAAGAAGGCGGCGUGGGAAAAAGAAUACAGGAAAUUUUGGACCGGCCUUCGAGGCCUCACUCUGUAUUUCUACAACACCAACAGAGAUAUCCAGUAUGUCGAUCUACUUGAUCUGGCUGACUUCGUGUCUCUGGUGGACGACAAUACCCCAAGAACGGUGGCUGCGUGGUCCACAGAAGGGGCCAGGUUGACCAUCAGGAUGAGGAGCCAAGAAGUGAAAUUAAAGAUGGAGAGCUUGGAGUCUCGGGAGAUGUGGAAAGGGUUCAUUCUCACAAUGGUGGAGAUGAAGGUCCCCUCUAGCCUGGCCUUGCUCCCCGGCCACAUCUACAUGCUCUCCGAAGCUCUUGAGAAGGAGAGGGAGCAGCGGUUCAAGAUGGAUCUGGCUGACUCACAAGAAGGUUUCCCCAGCCCCAGGAUCACGGAGUGCUCCCUUCCGCCUGGAGGAGAGGCAGCAGAGGCAAAACAUCCAGACUGUUUUUUCAGAGUCUCCAGGACAGAAGCCGAGGCGCUGCUGGAGAAGAACAAGAGUUGUGGGAACAUGCUGCUGCGCCCAGGAAGGGAUGGCAAGAGCAUCUCAGUGACCACGCGCCAGGUGGUGAGUGGAACCGCUGUUCUAAAGCACUAUAAAAUCAACCAAGUUGGGAAACAAUACAUCAUUGAUGUUGAGGAUCCGUACUGCUGCUCCUCUCUGGCAGGCGUGGUGGAAUUCUUUGUUAAAACCAGCAAACACACCCUGAUCCCCCUGCAGCUUGACGACAGCUAUGCGGAAACCCUGGAGUUUGUGUUGACGGAUAACGAAAGUGGCGAAACCACGCAGAUGAUCCCAAAGCCCCCCCGACUGCCUGAUAUCCCCCGAAGAGCAGUUGUCUCAGAGCAACCCAAGAAGCCCUUGCUGCCUCCAAGAAGCCAGCCACAAAUAACCCCUCCACCUCUUCCACCCGUCCCACCAGCUCAGACCCCUCGAGCCAGCAUGCCUGAGAACGAAUACAUGGUGGAGGAUGAACCAGAGCAGACCUACAUGAACCCUGAAGAUGAGGCUGAGAUCAGGCAAACGGAGACGCCCAGAGGGAAAGGCCAGCCUCCACCAGGUGGAACCAGAGUCAGCUGGAUUGCAGGCAGCACACCGCCUAAAGUGCCCCCUGUGCCACCCAGCAAGCCCCCCAAGCCAGACAUCAGUGCGGUUGUGACUCCCAGUGAUCCGGCCAGCUGCUGCAGAGUACAGAAACCUUCUCGCCUGGCCAUGUCCUUGCCGAGAGGAUUCUCUAUCGGUAUGUCCAAGGAACUGGAAAAGAAGCUUAAGGAACGGAGGGCGACGCUGGACCUCAGCGAGGCAGACUUCUCGUCGUAACGCUCUGGUCCUAAUUCAAGCACAGGAGGUUAUGGUGGCCUUAGAAGGUUUUGGCCCAGCCCUCUCUGAAAUCGAUGUGUUUCCCAGUCCACCUCUGAUUCUCUGUUCCAUUGAAUCUUCUUAUACAGUAUUAGGUGACCUUGUAUUUUAAAGGACUCCAUCCUUUUUUCUAAAAACAACAACAGUGACUCUCUGCCCCAUAGCUGAUUUAAAAACUGGGAAUUGUGUCCAGCACUGACAACUGUGCUGGAUUUGGACUUUGGAAAUCCCCACUCAUCUUGAAUCUGUCGGCACUCAUGGAAUUUUGAAAAAGUGUACAGAGUGCCACCAUAAAAAUG